UCUUCUCCCGGACGUCGAGGUUACUACAGGUCAGGUAGUGGCUCCAGGUGACGUUGACAGUUUUUAUUUGCUGUAAUUUGUUUUUGUUGUGAUUUUAAUAAAUUGGGCCUUUGUCACUAAAGCAAGUGAAAAUUACGACUCCUGGUGUGAAUUUCUACCAUUUGAUCGCCUUUGAAAUAUAGUUCAUGGACCAGCAAUGCAGAACGGGACAUAUUCUAAAACGCUACAAGAUUUCUCAGAAAUGUGGUAUGGAGUAUUCCAGUGGGCUUUGGUAUCCUCUCUUGUUGUCCAUAUACCAGCCAGCCUUUUGUCUCUGUAUACGCUCCGGCGUCACAAAUAUGCUCGGUUCAUUCCGGUAGCAGUUCUACUGAUGAGCAUUUUGGGACCAGUCUGUGGAGGAAUGCUUACCAGUGCUGCUAUUGCUGGAGUGUAUAAAGCUGCUGGAAAGGGAAUGGUUUAUUUGGAGGCACUUAUUCUAGGAAUUGGACAAACAUUUUGUGUUGUGGUGAUUUCCUUCCUACGAGUCCUGGCAACACUGUAGCAGACUGUCUGUUCAUCACUGGAAGAAAUA